AUGAUGAUGCUGAGUACCAAGAUGAUGAGUAUCAAGAUAAUGAGUAUCAAGAAGAAGAAGAAGAACCAACUAGCGUUCGUUCUCGAAGUUCGCAAACAUCGGUUUCUUCUCAAGGUUCACAAACGUCCGUUAAUCGGGCGACAGAUCCGGUUGACGACGAACAGUCACCACCGUUACCUCCUUUAGGGACUAAGCCACCACCAUCGCAAGUCCGACGAGCAUUACCGGAUGAUCGUAAAAUUACUCGUGAUGAUUCAUUUGAUGAGAAUGAUCCAUAUGGAUCCAGAAGAAGAUAG